AGAAAAAGUGGUUUAGGGAUCUAUAAUUAUAUUGGAUAAAAAAAUGGUAGAUGGAUCGAGAUAGAUAAAAAUUUUUCAUAGUUUAAUUAUGAUAAUUAUUAGAUAUUUGUAAAUAGCUUGGUUUGGUGAAUAUUGUCAUGGAUAGAGAUAAGGAUAAUGGAAGAUUAUCAGAAAAUCUAGAACUUCCAAUUGGUUUGGUGACAAUAUUAUUAUAAAUGAAGAAAUGUAAUUAAACUAAAUAAUUAAGUGGUGGAGGACUUUAUGAUUAGUUUGGAAGAAAAUAAGGAUAAUGGAUUGAAUUAUACGAGAAUUAUUCAUUGUAUUUAUUUAAUUUAUUAGAAAAUACUAAAUACAUUAUAAAGGAGAGUACGAUAAUGGUUUAAAAAAGGGAGAAUGGAAAACAAUGUUCAAGCACGGUGCUUAAAUUCAUUUUUAACAUAUGUAUAAAUAUUCGAUAUUUAAGAGGAGGAGGAAGAUAUGAAAAUGGAAAAAAAUAAGGAAUUUGGUAUAAUUUGUCAGAUGACUUCAAUUAGUAAUAUUCAUGAAUAAUUUUUUUAGAAAUUAACCUUCAGUUCAAUAAGCUUAUUAUUAUGGAAUAGAAAAAUAAGAUAUUAUGGAAGUAAUGUUUUGA